AGUGGUUUUUAUCCUCCGCUCUGCGUAAUAGGAAGGGUGGAAGCCAUUUCAAUAUUUGAUCCUUCUCUACUUCAUACCGAUGUGGAUGGUAAACAGCAAUAUAUUUUUGACUUUCUAAGCGGAACUGAUGACAUAAUAACAGCUUUAGCAGUUGACACACGCAGUAAUUUGUUGUUUUACGCGGAAGACAUGAUAAAAUCAAUAUAUGUUGUAAGAAUUGAAGGUGGUCAAUAUUCGAGAAUAAUCCACACAUAUACCAGCGGCCGGGUUGAUGGUAUGGCUGUUGACUGGAUUUCGCUUAAAGUUUACUGGGUUGAUUAUCUUCAAAAUCUUCUAAUGGUUUCAUCCUAUGACGGAAUGUCUAAAUCAACAAUGUUCUAUGAUAUCGUUAGUCCAAGGGCUAUAGCAGUAGACCCAAAUGCAAGAUUGAUAUAUUGGACUGAGCAGACAUCACCGACAAAACUUGUGCGCUGUAAUCUAGAUGGUACAAAUCGCCAGGAUCUUAUCAACACAAACCUGUUAAAUCCAUCAGGAAUCGCUCUUGAUCACGCUCAAAGAAGAGUUUAUAUCGUUGGUGAAGAUAGUAUGCUCAUAUAUUAUAUUGACUAUGAUGGAAUCGAGCAAGUUAAUAUUGUUGGCUCAAGUACUUAUCCUGCCAAAGACAUCACUGUGUUUCAGGACUUCAUAAUAUUAGCUGGAUCGUACGGGCAACAAUCUGGAGUCAUUGAAGCAAUACACAAGGUCUCUGGCAGCCAUGAAGGUCGUAUAAAUGUAAAUACUACAGUAUAUGCCAUAGACACCUUUGAUGAGUCUACCCAACCUACAGCUACACUGACUACAGCACCAACGAUUACAACUACAUCACCUUUGAGCUCAACAACGCAAACUAAAGUGACUACAACUCCGAAAAUUGUCAUUACAACGUCGUCUCUGAGCACAAGGCAAACCACAGUGACUACAACUCCGAAAAUUGUCAUUACAACGUCGUAUCUGAGCACAAGACAAACCACAGGACAUGUGACCUCGGUUGGAGCGGAUGCAACACAAGAGAUGGAAACAGGAAAUGAUUCUAUUCUUAUCAUCGGUGGUGCUUCCGGGGGUGUUGCUCUACUCAUUAUCUUCCUGAUUGUCAUCCUGAUCGUUUUGGUUAAUAAGCAGAAAAGACCACAUAAAUAUGGAGAUAACUCUACAAAUGGACUUACAUCUAACAGUGAGGACCAAUAUGCAACGCAUUUACCUCAAGGACGCAGUGGACCAAAUAAUCACACCUAUGACACACCUAAUGUGAAACUAGAGCCGCCAACGUAUGAAUCAUCCAUUGCAGAUUAUGGAAGAAAAAAAGCAAUCGGAGAAUCACCAUACAGUGUCACUAAGCUUGUUCAUCAAUUUAACACUCCAAAUACUGUUGCGUUGUACUCAAAAUCCAAACCAGUACCUGUCGCCGUCGGUAAUUCGUACGUGCGACGUGGUUCUCAUCCUCCACAAUACGCUCAUGAAGAUGCAAACGGAUAUCUUGAAAUGCAAAACGUUAUGCCUAAGUAAACGGCUUUUUUAAGCACCGUGAGCUCAUCAAACGGAUAGAUUGUACAUGGAUGUACGAAUAAAUAAUAGUUACGUACUACUAGCUAGCCAGGGAUGAUUGUAAUGAUAUUAGUGGUGGUGAGUUUUAGCAGGUGGAAAAGCUAUUAGAAGCCAGAUACAAAGUUUAUCAUAAACAGGAGAAUUUAGUAAUACAUAAUAUAGGUCUGGCGGCUUAGAUUAAAAAGAAGAAAAGUUUUCUGUAAUCAAUGAACUAAAUAUUCAUUUGAUAGUAUUGGAUAUAAUUCACCUUGAAAGAAUACAAACAUUCUACCAGUUGGUUACAAUUAAAUACAAAUUCUUAGUCAUAUAUUAUAAUGGAACAGAAUUGGUUGCAAAAAAUCUAAAUAUUUUAAGGUUUUUUCCACAAGCACAUUUGAGCUACAUAUUCUAAAAUAUAUCCGCAUAGAUGGUACAUGGAUGUACGAAUAAAUAAUAGUUACGU